GGAGUUCCGGUCCGCGUUUGAUCCCAGGCUGGCCGGCCCUGCGGGAAGGAUGAUGGAGGAGUUUGUGCGGUUCACGAACCAGACCCAGGGACGGGAGCGGCUUUUUCGGGCUGCACAGUAUUCGUGCAUGCUGCUUCACUACCUCCUGGAGCAAAAUCCCGGACGAGAGGAAGUGGUGAUGAAGCUCAAGCGUCUGGAGUCGAACAUGAGUUCGGGCCGAAAACUGUUCCGGCUUGGCAACACGGUCCACGCCGUUGUGGCUGCCAGGCAAGCCACCCAGUUGCCGAAUCUCGUCCCACGCUUCUGCCUGGUGGCCUCCAACCUGAACCGGGCCCUGUACUUCAUCUGUGACACCGUCUUGUGGCUCGUGAGCAUGGGUUUCUUCUCGGACGUCGACCAGAAGAAGUGGCGCCGCCGGGCGACCAAGUGCUACUAUUAUUCCUUGGUGAUGAACCUGGCCGAGGACGCGUACGAACUCGGCUGGCGCAUGGAGCGGGCGGCGCGAACGGAGGCACCGGGAAAGGAGAGAGAGGAUCAGGGCCAGAGAAUCCAGGCCUUGUCUCCCCGAGUGACGGGAGGACUCCAGCCUCUUCUCUCGUUCUUCUACUUCACCUUGAGGGAUCACCCACCCCUCUUGCUGGACAUGGUUAAGAACAUUUGUGAUCUCUCCAGUCCGCUGAAUGAAUUGGGACUCUAUAAGACCAACGCCGGCGUCCUUGGGCUCUGCGGCCUGAUCUCUUCCAUCAUCGGGAUCCUCACGGUCACCAAACCACACCUGAAGCUGAAACCUUGACUCUGGACCUUCUCCGAUGGCCUCUUCUCUUGGAGAGCAGCUACUCCCUCUCCAUCCAGGCUGCUUGACUUCUGCAACCGGAUCCGUCUCCUCUCGUUCCUUCGACUCCUGCCAAAUAGGAGAGUGUUGCUUGGAGGCCGUCGUUCUGGGACAAGAGGAGGGUGUGGUCAGUGAGGGCUGAUAAAAGACUACGUAAACCAUCCGCUGGACUAUACAACAGAAAAAGCAAAAGAAAAAAAAAGUAAGGAGUUGUAACUGGCUUCAAGAUUUAAGUUUGAAUGUUGAGAAAAAGUGAUACCUUAAUUUUGUAGGAUGUGGUCGUGGACGGCUGUCGGUGAAGGUGUUCAUGGAUGGCUGUUUAAAAAAAAAGUUGAACACCAUCUCCGUUGAACUAUAUAACAGUGAAAAAGGUUACACAACUGUCGCCAGCCUCCAGAUUUCCGUCUGAAUGUAGGGGAUAAAUAUGAUGUGUCUCCAUGAAGGGGACCCACAUGACUGAGGAGAUGUGGCGGGUAGAGGCAGACAGUAAAAAAAAUCUGUAAUUCUUGCAUUGGAA